CUCAGUGACUUGCAGCAGUGACAAGGAGUCGGGGGGCAGUGCAACCUCUGACUAGAGGAGCGAUGGGGGAAAACAACAGCUCUUAACAAAUGCACAUCAAGUGGACAGCUGUGUACCCAUUGUCAAUCUGCCGUGCAGCUGUGUCAAUGAAAACAGAAUGUGUGCAUAGCUGAGAAAUUAGACUGAGGUUGAAGACACAGUUACUCCUGCUAGUGAACGGCAGAUCUAUUGUGGCCUUCUGCCAGGCAAAGGCUCGCCCAGGGCUGAUGCACAUUGAAGAUGAUGAGGAACCCCCUUUAUUGUUCAUUAUUCUGUUAUAUCACUCUGCUGAGCUGGGAAAGUGUGACAAUGCUCCAGUGUGGUGAGCAGGAAUUUGAGGACAACAAAGGUCAGUGUGUACCCUGUUUCCACUGUCCUCCAGGACAAGAACCUGACAAGGAAUGUGGCUAUGGAAAAGGCAUCAAAAUGAACUGCAGAAGCUGCGCACCAGCCACCUUUUCAGACACAUACAGUUCUGGGCCCUGUAAACCACACACGAUCUGUGCCAGUUUGAGGAUGACUUAUGUCCAUCAGGGAACGAGCACAGCAGAUGCUGUGUGCGGGCACUGUUUGCCAGGACAUUUCACUAUAGCUGAAGGAUCCUCUGGUGUGGUGGAAUGUCUUCCAUGCUCUUCUGCUCCAAUAGGAAUUGUGGAAUGUGCAGGUUUUUAUUCCCGACUUUUGCGUGUGGCAAGAGAUAUCCAGACUACAGAUCGAGUGAACGUCUCAAAGUCUUCCAACGAUAGCAAGAAGGGGGCACAAGAGGAAAAGCAUGCUGAAUACGCUGUACUUGCAUUGGUGCCUGUCUUCUGCAUUGUAGGAUUGCUUGGAAUUCUUGUCUGCAACUUCCUGAAGAAGAAGGGAUACCGCUGCACCUCAGAGAAAGAAGCUGAUGAGGAGAGCUCCACUGAGAAACUUGCUGCUGUUAAUGGAGAUCCCUUCAAGUCUGAUGAAACCAAUGAAGACACUAUUGGUGUCCUGGUGCGGCUGAUCACAGAGAAGAAAGAAAAUGCAGCGGCCUUGGAUGAGAUGUUAAAGGAGUAUGAGAGGAAGGAAGGGAUCACCAACAACAACAUGGCAGAAAUCACCAACAAGAAUGUGGCAGAAAAAUUUGCUCCAUUGUUAACCAUUCCCAAGCUAUGCAAACACCAUCACAUUCACACCGUGCAGACCUCAGCAACCCUGCUGGGAUCCAGCUGUACACGGUGCAGUCAAAAGAAGUGGCCGGAACUUCUGCUGAAUCCGACCACCCGGAACAUCACAAAACCUGUCAAAGUGGGAACGCGGAACAGCAGGCCCAGUGAAAUCACUAUCUUAUCUAUCGGCAGGUUUCGUGUCGCUCAAAUUCCUGAGCAGAAACAGAAUUUAAUUGAUGAAAAAAUUCCACCUGAGUCAAAGGACACUGAUUCAAUGGAAACUACCUGUGAUGAGCAGGUGGGUCGUAAAUCCCUGCUGGGCAGUAUUUCGAUAAAAUGCCCAAAAUACUCAGCCAGUCAGCAAGAGGUUGGUGACUGAGUUUGUUGAAGGUCAUGAGGAGAUCCACAAGUUACUCACAGCGUUGGUUAAAGCAAAGGUGAGAAGUCCAGUUUGAAGAUCAAAGGAAAAAAAAUCCUUCUCCCAAAUAUUCAAGAUUAUCUGUGGCAAAAUAAGAAGUAGAGUCGACCUGAAUGCAGACUGGGAAAUUGCAUUAAGCCCAGUGUGAAGAUGAACAAAAUUAAUUUUGUAAAGUUGAAUCUCAAAGAACAAGCCCUGUUGAUAGCUGAAAAAUGCUUCCUCUGAAACACUGUACCCUGUUAGUUUACAUUGUGUUGCAUAUUGUUAUAAUCUCUUAAUCUGUUCUUUGGAGAAAAAAAGCUGCAAUCUGAAAACUGUACUCAAAGCUACGGUUUAUCGGUUUACAGAUUUUUACAUAGCUUGGAAGAUGCACUUGUUCGACAAAGCUGCAUAUAGUCUUGUUGCACUUCUUAAAAAAUGUUCAUUUGGAGGUCAACCAGAGCCCUCUUGUGGAACUGAAUCAAGAAACGUCCUAUAUUGGUGCCCUAUUAUACGAUUGAGCCAUGAAAAGUGAAUUAGGACAGGGCUCGCUAUUUUUAUGACCUACAAACAAUAAUGACAGCAACGAGGAACUACAGAAAUUGGAGUAAAUUCUCGUAUUUUUUUUAAAAUAUAUUUUAAUUAGGCAACAAGCACAGGUGAUAGGCAGACAGUCCUGAACUUUCAGAAUAAAAGUUCAACCCAUGAUUAAUCGGAAAGUCAACAUUGACUCAUUGCUGUAGUUUUUUGAACAAUUUUUGAAACCAUCUCUAAGUUUGACAUAAUCCAUAGAAUAAGUAAGGUGGAUACUGUCUCUUUUAAAGCUGAACUUUUCUUAGAUACUGUAGCAAACUCAGUCAGGUUAUCCUGACAUGUGCACGGUUUUAAAGUAUUAAAGUCAAUACCAGCACUUUUAGGAAAACAAAAAAGAAAUCUUCUAAAGUGGUCAAAAUGGAUACACAACUUUCUCUACUUCCCAAUUUCUCUGCAAACUGUAUUGUUGUAAAAGGGUUUUAGUAUGUCAGAAGCAAUAAUGUACCUUUUUAAGUGUAUAAUGAAAAAAUACUUUGUAGCUACCUCCACAAGUAGAUUGUUGCUAUGUAGCCAUACCUCAGAUCUCAUUGUUCCCUCUUUUUAAAAUGGAGGGGCGUUUAAUGAUUUUCAACUUGGAAUUUUUUGUGUAUUAACAGCACACACUUCUCCUUCACUAACUCAUGAAUAGUUGUCAGAGUGCGACUUUUGUUAAGUGGUACAACAGCUGUGUUGCCUCAACCAGCAACUGGCAUUUCACAAAGUGCGGAUCUGCAAUCUGUUUAAACAUGUAGAAUAAAUUGGCAUUGAAUUCACUUUGUCUUCACUGCAAAUGCCACCUUGUAGGAAGGGGAAAAGUAGGCCGUGUGUCUUUUCUAACUGGUAGAGGAGCAUGUGUGCGCUUUGCCUAUAAUGGCAGUCGUAAUCUUUUGGGUUAUCACUAUUAAUGUCGUUGUGUAUAUUGAAGACACUAACCAGUUGGAGGGAAACCUUGCUGGGGCAAGUUGACAUGAAGUGUUUGCUUGCUUUGUAUGUGUUGUGAAGAUCCAUCAGCUUGAAGGUUCAUUCCCCAGCCUCAUGCACAGAAGAGCAGUCCAUGAGGUAACACCCAGAGUUGGAAUGAUCUUGAUGUAUUGUUUCAUUAGCUUGCGACUCCAUGUCUGACAUAAGGAGGUUCCAGCCAGAAAUGCAGACAUUACCUGCCUAACAUGAGCCUUGAGCUGUGAAGAGGUAAUUGUGAUGGCUACAUCACCAGCCCAAAACAGAAAUUAUGGCACAAACCAACUAUUAAAAGUAGAAUUGUACAAUAUUAUAGCCCUGAAUCACUGGAAGUGGAAUUGGGUGGAUCCCACAGCACUUAAGCGGGAUUGUUUCUACUGAUUCUGGGCAGUCAUGUUGAGGCAAACGUAACAAUUCAUUCUUAAAAGAAAAUUCUGUUUUUAUUAUAAUGGUAACUAUAGUGUGAAAUGCUGUCAAAUGUCCUUAAUGAAACUUGAGAACAAUAAAAAUUGACCCACAGUGUCCAGUAAGGAUGGUUGCGUCUGACUUGCAUGGCAUUUUCUAACCAUCUUUUAGAUUUAUAAGUAGGUCCAAGGUUUAGGGGAAGCACAGAUGUUUCAAGGAUUGAGCAUUUUUUAUAUGUAAUAAAUUUAGUCGACUGAAUAAUCAGUUAGACAACUCAAGUAUUUCUGAAAGCUGUAUUAUAUUACAUCCCAGUACUACCAUCAAUAGCAACCUGGGCUCCAAUGGCAGUAUCUUCUAAUACCGUUUCUGCUGCCUAAGCUGUGGAGA